AUCAUCUGGGUUUUUAGGGUUUGAGAAAGCAUUAUCUGGUUUUCUUAGGGUUUGAGAAAGCUUUAUCUGGUUUUUUCAGGGUUUGAGGUGGUGGAGCAACAAUGGCAGGAGACAAGGAGGGAUGGAAAAGCAAUGUGGAUACUCACCAUAUGAAACCAGAAGAUGUGGAAAAGAUUGGGGCUCAGCAGUCAAAGAGGCCUCCAGGGCAGCAUCCAGGGAACAUUCUUCACCAGCGUGGAAGUCUAGGUUUGAACAAGUAUAGCACUCUGACAAUGGCUGUUGCAGGCAUUGCUAUUGUGGGUGCUAUAGGAUGGGCUUCUCUUUUAGUUCUCAAGAAACCUGAGAAGACUCCUUCUGAAGUUGCUAAAACCACUGUGGGUGUUUCUGAUUCUCGUUGAGCUUAAGGAUCUGCCCCAUGAGCACUCUCACUAGUGUGAGUUUUAGAUCCAGGAGUAGAAUGAUCCUCCAUGGCUGCUCAUCUGUCGCUUGAUUUCACUAUGGCUUUUUCUGGUUUAUAGUGUUUUUUUAAUGGUGUUCUGCCAAGUUAUGUAAGUAUUGGAUUACUGGGUUUCAUGAAUCGAGUACAAAAUUAUUAUUGAUCA